AUGUGCGUCCGACAGAUAAACAGUGACGUCACAGACACAGGCUUGGAUCCAGAGCGUGGGGAGCGGAGCGCGCACAGCAGGACGCACGGCGCGCAUCGUAUACUUUUUACUGCUUCCACUGAACGAACAAACUUACCACGGAACACACAAAAACCGCGCUGGUGGAUUAUAAGGUGUCUGGAAAAGCCAUCGCGCUCCCUGUGGAUUCGGUGCACGUCCGCCUCUCUCAGCCUGGAGCAUCUGCAUGAACGAGCCUGCAUGUAA